AUGAACGAAGAACUGCCCUUUGCUCAACAACAACAACAACAACAGUCGUCAUCAGCACAACAACAACAUCAUCAAGCAGCGGCAGCCUAUCAGUGUCAACUUUGUCCUAAAAGCUUCUCAUCCGCAAGCGGUCUCAAACAACACAGUCAUAUUCACUGCAGUUCAAAACCAUUUCGUUGUCACGUUUGCGACAAAGCAUAUACGCAAUUUUCAAAUCUUUGUCGUCAUAAGCGAAUACAUCUGGAAGGAUGGCAAUGCCAAUUUUGUAGUGCAUCGUUAGCCAGUCAAUCAGCGCUUGUUAGGCAUAGGUCCAUAUGCGAGCCACAGAUGACCGCACUUAGUGCCUUUUACAAGCCUAUUGCAACGCAGCCUCCGCUGCUCACAGUACCACCGCAUUAUUGGUCUCGAUUGCUGCAAAUCGCAUCUAUUCAACAACAGCAGCAACAACAACAACAACAACAACAACAACAUUAUCAAACAGUACCAAUAUCAGUUCCCACAAUUACCAAUACCUUAUUUCCAUGGAAGGAUGAUUAUCAUACUAUCAAUGGUUCUGAUGGUGAAAGUUCACCUGGAAGCAGUGAACAACCAUCAGAUCCAUCACCAACCGAACAAAAAUAUAGUCCACAUGGUUCAAGUGAUGAUGGCUCGUUGGGUGAUUUUGAAUUAACUCCUUUGGAUUUAUCAAUGAAAGCAUCUGGAACUGGGACAACAGUGGCAGCAGUAACAAUGUUAAGCAGAACUCCGCAAAUUGAAGAUAAAGCUGCAACGAUGGAGCAAUCGAAUGGUGAAAAAGAGGAGAAAAAUGUAGAAAAUGAAAAUGAUCAAGCAUUUCCCGUAUCAAGAAAUCAAAAAGAUGGAGCGGGAAGAGAGUAUGAAAGCUUGGCAGCAUCCACAGAAUCAUCAAUAAUACCGAAAAAUUUUGGUAAAUUGGAUCUAACCCCAUCAGUAAAUCCUUUUUCCUCAACUGCUUUCAUGCAAAUGCUUCGUCGUCCAUUCACCUAUCCCAUUGUUCCUGCACCAGCAACUGUUACAACAGCUAAUCGCUUGAAUCCCUACACGCAUUUUUCACAUCAUUCAGCGCCAUCAGCUCCUUUACUCUCAAAAACUGCACGUGAUCGAUAUACGUGCAAGUUCUGCGCCAAAGUUUUUCCACGCAGCGCAAACUUGACACGACAUCUUCGAACACAUACCGGUGAACAGCCUUAUAAGUGUCAAUAUUGCGAUCGAUCAUUUUCAAUCAGCUCAAAUCUUCAACGACAUGUUCGUAACAUACAUAAUAAGGAGAAACCAUUCAGAUGUGACCGAUGUGACCGCUGUUUUGGGCAACAAACCAAUUUGGAUCGGCAUACUAAAAAGCACGAAUCAAAUGGUUCCCUAACGAUUGCUACCGCUGCUGGAGCUCUGACAGUUCAUCGGGAACCAUUGACCGCACCAAUAAGAACAGCUGCCGUUGCAUUACCAUUCUCGGCUCAAAAUCUUUUUUCACAACUAAAACCAUCCGCCCAGCCUAUUUUCUAG